UAGGCUAGUCCAGUACUUCCGGUGUCCCAGUACGUUACUAACAACAUGGCAGAUAGCGACACUAGGAAAGCAGUUUCUCAAAUACCGCUUUUAAAAACCAAUUCUGGGCCGAGAGACAAAGAGUUAUGGGUGCAAAGACUGCGAGAGGAAUAUCUGUCUCUCAUUAAAUAUGUCGAAAACAACAAAGCGGCUGAUAAUGACUGGUUUCGUCUUGAAUCCAAUAAAGAGGGUACAAGGUGGUUUGGAAAAUGCUGGUACAUCCACGAGCUUCUUAAGUAUGAAUUUGACAUGGAACUUGACAUCCCGGUCACGUAUCCAGCGACGGCACCCGAAGUGGCAAUCCCUGAACUAGACGGCAAGACGGCCAAGAUGUACAGAGGAGGCAAGAUCUGCUUGACGGAUCACUUCAAACCGCUGUGGGCGAGGAACGUGCCGAAAUUCGGCCUGGCUCAUCUCAUGGCAUUGGGACUCGGACCUUGGCUUGCCGUGGAGAUCCCAGACCUGAUUGCUAAGGGGAUAAUCCAGCACAAAGAGCAGCAGGGCAGCUGAAACUUUUAAAACGACGAUGACGUCAAUGACCUGUAUUAACAUCCUAUCCCGACUAAACGAACGGCUCGGAAAUGCCACACACACACACACAGUACAGCAGUGUGAAUGAAAAUCCACAUACGGAUUGUGAAUUAAAAAAAAAACAAUUACCAGCCCGAUAUCGGGACCAGUCUAGUUUAUGGACUUCUUGUAAAUGCAAAUGUCUAAAAAAAAAAUGUCUAACGUUUCCUUCAUGUCUUCAGCCCUGAGCGAUCGACACCGGAUUAAACCGAUGCCAUUAUAACUGUUA